UUUUUUUUUGAAUGUCAAAGCUCUAUGCAUUUGGUUCUAAUGGCCAAGGUCAACUAGGCGUAGGUCAUAUAGAAGACUUAAAUACACCCACACCAUGUAUAGGUAUUCCUGAAAAUGAGGCAAUAAAAAAGAUUUCAAGUGGUGGUAAUCACACUGCGAUUGUCACAACCCAUGGUCAUCUCUAUAUGACAGGCAUGUCUCAACGAGGUGAAGGCCCUAUGAAAACCCUGCGUCAAGAAUGGACUGUCUUUCAAAGACGAUUUACUGAUCAUGUAUGGAAAGACGUGUCGUGUGGUUGGGCAUUUACUCUCAUGUUGACAACCCAUGGUACUUUAUUUGGCACAGGUACCAGUCGAUGGCAUGAACUGACAGGACCUAGCACAGAAGAGCUAGUAGAAAUCAAAGGACUGAAGUCUAUUGAAUCUGUUGCUUGUGGUUGGCGUCAUGCUGUUGCAUUAGAUAAAGAAGGCAAUGUGUAUGGUUGGGGCUGGGGUAAACAUAAUCAGUUGGGUCCCUUGACAACAACGCCUAUAGACAAGAAGAAGGAUAUUCGAGAUAUACAAAAAAUAGCCAUGCCUCAGCCUAUUGUUCAAGUCGCUUGUGGACACUUACACACACUCUUGCUUGGAAAAGAUGGAACUGUCUAUGCAUUUGGAUCCAAUAAAUAUGGUCAAUUGGACAAUGUACCUCCAAAAGCCAUCUGGAUUGAUGCUGGGUGGCAUCAUAAUGCUGCUUUGUUAAACAAACAAGGCGAUUUAGUUCUAUGGGGAAGAAACGAUCAUUAUCAAUUAAGCAAGUAUCCUUCACUGCAAGAUGUGAAACAAGUAGCUUGUGGAUCAGAACAUACGCUCAUCAUUCGAGCCAAAGAUGAGCAAGUAUUGGCUUGGGGAUGGAAUGAGCAUGGCAACUGUACUUCUUCACAAGAUGAUGUUCAUGAUCCCCUUACUGUUCUUACAGAAAAAGCCAGUUUAGUGGCUGCAGGAUGUGCUACUUCAUGGAUUAUUGUUACUGUGUAACUCUCACAUGACACUUUCUCUUUAUUAAAGAAAAAACAGGGGCAUUUCUUUCUUCUCUCUCUCUUUCUCUUGAUGUUCAGUCUUUAUCGUGGGAUUCCGUCCUCUUUCAUUCGGAAGAAAUUACCCGCUCGUCAAAUCAACGCAUUAGACGGACAAGCAAUCAAGAUUACUCAUUUUGUGUACCAGAAUAAACUCCAUUUUUUCUCUUGUAAACCUUUUUCUACCCUUGUCGACAUGUCUUCUCAACCUCGUAUUUUAAAUGGUAAGUGAAUACAUUCUAUUUAAAGAAAUUGACCCAUUUCUUAGUUGGCACAGGUGCUGUGGGUGCAAUCUACUCAUGGCGACUGGCCAAGUCUUGUCUUGUCACUACUGUCUGUCGUUCUAAUUAUGAAAUAAUCAGACAACAUGGGUUUCAAAUUGAUUCUGCAAAGUUUGGCAAAGAUAUCUUUCGUCCAC